AUGAGCGCGAAGUUGGACGAGUUGGGGAAUUACCGCCCGGUUCCCGUCCCCGAGGAGGUGAAGGGCUUGGUGUCUCCGGCGUCCGAGCCGGUGCCCGCGGUAGCUUCCACCAUGGGACUAAUCCAUGGACAUCGAAGCAACACACUCGAGGACAGGUAAUGAAGUACAUAGGUACAACUAUCCAGUGCUUUGAGCGUCGUGCCAUACGUCAUUGUCAUCGUGUCGGUCCUCCUCUGCUUCCCCGUCGGUUUAUUUUGGCAAAGUUUCUUGACUUUGCCCUGCGCUCGACCGUUCCGAGCAUAAUUCUGUGUUGAUUGAUGAUCAACAUGCUUAUCCGGAGGUUCAACAUCGCAAUAUAACUACAGGCUGAACGUGAGCGAUCUCAUGCGGCAGUACCAGGAUAAUUCUGCGUACAUGAGCUCUGGCGCUGCGCAGCCAUCGUCCUCGUCGUCGACCAGCCCAUCGGGCAUGACGAGCCACACGAAGCAUGUGGACGUGCGCACUAUUCCCGUAAAUUUAAGCACUAUCCCGGCCACCUUCGCGGCAGCUCCUGCGCUGGUUGCAGCUAUGGCGGGAACUACUUCUUCGUCUUCCGCCUCCAAAACGAAAUCAAAAACGAAUUUUUUUUCCCCUGAAAAGUCGCAGACAACCUACGCUGCGAGGGGAGUAGACCACGUUGAGCAUCGAUCGGACCGGGGGGAACUGCAGGAAAGGCAAACAGAGAAACAAGAAGCCGAAACGAUGGGACGUGAUGAAAGUAGUAGCAAACGACCGGGUCGCUCCGUGAUGUCCGGUCGCGGAGAUGAAAUUCAUCAGCAGGAAGAAGACCUCGCUGCCCCUUCUAGUAGCGCUACUUCCAGCACGAACCGGGGUGGCCAGGGGGAAGCACCAGCAUGCAGCUGCACAGGAAGUAGCACGAGUGCGACUAGUAAUGCUCUUGGCGAAACAAGAACUCGUGGCAUGGGCAUCAACAAGCAGACGGAAGCGGUAGAUGGUACUACCGAAAACAACCCCCUGGAGGACGAGAUGAUCCUGAACAAUCAUGAGAACAACAUCAAUAAAAGCCCGUCGACGACCAGCAGCCUCGCGACAACCGAGCACAGCAGCGCCCGGAACUUCGGCAGUAGCAGUCAAAGCAACCUGAUGCCAGGAGCCGGGUACAGCAACCGCUCGUCUCCAACCGGCUCCACCGCGCACGACUGCGUGAGCACGGCAGCACUGCACCUCAGCAGCGGCUUGGAAUCGUCGCCAACAGAAUUGCUGAUGUCUACUUCGACGCCUAGUUCAUCUAGAGGAGGUACAGGGAUCAACAUUAUGGGGGCGUCGACCACAAGCAAUGAGAAUGAAGAGGAAAAUGAAAUAAAAACGGCGCUAGGAGAAACAAGAAAUACCCGUCCUGAUCCUGAAGAUCAUGCUUCUUGUAAUCAAGAAGAACAGCAACAGCAACAGAAGCAGAAUCAUCUUGUUCGCAACGGAACGAGUUCUCGUGGUAGUUUUCGUACAACAGAAGAAAAAGUCCUCGAGCUGCCAUCCAAUGCAACAUCACCACACGACGAUGUCGACUCCCUGGUGGAUCACGAGACCCGGCCGCUAAGCGGCGCACCUAGACGACGAGGAGGACAAGCACAGCCGGAAACUGCCGCAGUUGAUGCGGCAUCUUCGGCCCCCGGGUCAUCUUCGCACGACUUUUCGUCCGGGAUGAAGCUGCGCGAGAAGGGAACAGAUGAUGUUACGUCUGGAGCACUAGUACACGGCAAGGAGCUACUCGACCGUUACGACUCGGCUUUUGCCGGAGCUCCUGCGUCGACGUCCAGUUCCUCUUCCUCAUCUGCUGUUCGCGACGAGGAGCAGCUUCAUCCUGAUUUGCCUUCUUCUAGCAGGACGAGCUCCUGUCUUCGAGAAGUAGAAGGUGAACCGUGUGGCUCAACAUCCACUAGCGAUAUCAAGACACACUACACCGAGAAACUGCAGCUUCCGAUAGGAAAAAACGCAACUACUACUUCCCGGCGAGGCAAAAGGGGUAGUGGUUCCCGCAAAAUAAUGGAUCUGUCGCCCUCAACAUGUCGUGGCUCUCUGCAUCUUCAAGCACUGGCUGAAGCGGGUCAGAAUCACCUCUCUCGACGUCAAGGGUCCGUGCACCACGACGCUGUUGAGCACCAGGAACUGCAGGUUGCGCAGCGAAUCAAUAUUGACCCUGCAGCUUCCCCCAGUCGUCCCCUCCUCGGCGGCGACGGCACCGGGCGGAGUAGCACAGGGUCUACCUGCGGAAACAGCUACUGCAACUCCUCCAACGGUUAUCAAACAAAAAAAAGUUCGUCACGAUCACACAUGUUCAUUUUUGCAUUUUUUUACAAAACUGCGUGUGAGCAUCAACUACAUGCGUAAAAGUUAAAGUAGUUAAUGACAGUCAACCUUCAUACAGGAUCAUUCCCCUCAUGCAAUUCUCUACUAAGAUGCCGAUGCCCGAAAAGUUCUUCAUGCAUCAAAACCUUGUGGAAAAGGAAAAUCAAAAUAGCGACUGGGACUGCAACGAACUUUUUUCUUUCCAUCACGGCAGUUCUGGUGGCCAGAGAACCUCGAACCCGAAUAAUUCUGUGAAGGCCCUUCGGAAGAGGGAGCAACUGCACAACGCGAAAAAGAUGCGCAAGAAGGUGAAGAUUCCGGUUGUUCCGGGCCUACUGUCGUCCUAUGGUAGUGGUCACCAUUCCUCCGGAACAACAAGAACCCAUGUGGGAAAUAGUAAAAACGGUGGAGGAGCUGGAGCUGGAGCUGUCCCUGUCCCGCAUCAUGCGUAUUCCACUUUUCCGGGCAGGUCGUCUUCGUCUUCUUUCCAGAAUAGCAGGAGGGCCGCUCCUGCAGUAGAGCUGCAAAAUUCAUCUUCCACGACACUGGCUCCUGUAGCUCCUUCUUGCAGCUUCUGGACGACCUUGCUAACAAUGUCCACAUAUCCUGUGUAAAAACGUCCCCACACCAGAGUCAACAUGGGAAAUCUGCUAAACAAAUCCCACAGCUUUGGUUGUUUGGCAUGACAAAUUUGGACGCGUAGUGUAGUGCUGUUUGAGCUCGUUCAGCAGCAUUACAGAUCUAGUAGCUCAUGCUGAUUGGAGCAUGACAAAUUUCAAAGCUGCAUCUGAAAAUGCUUCUCAUGGGGCUCCGCAUGAGAAACAUUUUAAGCAUGCAGAGUUGCGUGACAACUAUGGUGUGGGGACGUUUUUAAACAGGAUACUACAAGAGCUGCUGCAGCACAAGCAGGGAACAAAGCACCCGGCGGAGGUGCGCCGAGUUGUGCUAGCGACGCUGGCGUUGCUUUGCCAUCUGGUCAUGCGGAUGCUGAGAGGCACACGAGCAGCAAUACUACAAGAACCCUGUCGGUCAACAAAGAAGUGCCCGGGAUGAAGAUGAACAAGCAUAUCGUCAUGUCUGCGAACAGUCUUCAACAUGUUACUGAUCAUUAUGACAAUGUGAACAGCACCAGCGCUGCAGGUGGAGAGCAGGGGCAACCUCGACAUGACUUUCCAAGCGCCCAGGACCGCAGCUGCUUUGGGACCGAUUCUGGCUUCCAAAACUGUUUUUGGUCGCAGGACAUGUCCUCCUGGGAGUGCUUGCUAAAGUCCGUCGUGCCUGCGACCGCAGGAGGUGGCAGCCAGCCGCGGGGAAAUCGAAAAUAGUUGUGGAAAUCUUCAAGAAAGAGGGGGGACUGAAGGAGUCGUUGGGAUGUAACGAUAAAAUCGAAGUAGAAAUUAAUGAUACGCUGGCUGUACUCCUCGCUAGCGAUACAAAUACAAAUUAUAAAGAAGUUGUUUUUUAUCUUCAAUUUUCUCCAAUGCAAAUGCAUUGAUUUAGUUUAGAGGUAGGUUCGCUUUUUAACGAUUACCCGCACUCUGAGAGGUUUGAAAUGUACAUUACGACUACAACUUCCGGCUGGUCACCGGGGCCGGAUCUUUUAUUAUACCGUAUGCUGAAUACUUUGUUCUUGUGCGGACGAUUCUAUAAUGGGGAACAAGUUUUAUUAGCACGCAUGCAUGAUGCAUUCGCUCUGCCUCGUCGGACUACUUAGGCCGCUUAGCCCCCCGAAUCGUUUGUAUACUCAUCUCGAGAAAAUAGUUGUAGAGACUUUUUCGCCGUAGUUUGGAAAUUUUAAUUGUUAUUUUGUUUCCACUGCUGUUGGUGAACUGCCCAAGCAGAGGUGGCGCGACGGGUAAUGCAAAAGUCAUUAUUUCGUAACCGUUGAUGUUAAAGUCGAACUUUAGUGCCCAAGCAGAGGCGACGUGACGGGUAAUGCAAAAGUCAUUAUUUCGUAUUCGUACCCAUUUGACGAGGGUAGUUACAAUGCAAUUUAUCGCCUAAUGCUCGGCUCGUAUUGAGGCUAAAUUGGUGAAAGCGUACGAGUUUGAAUUUCAGCCGAGUUAAUGAUUAUCAUAUCCGGCGAGUAAGAAGAAAAAGAAAAACGUCUACUCGUCCUCUUUUCCAAAUAGAAUUCACUCGCAUUUGUGAGGACAUGGAAACCUUUCCAUGAAAGAUGAGGAAUAUAGGAAACUACUCUUGCCUAGCCGGUUCUGCUUUUCAAAGACGACGUGAACUGUAUUUGCAACGAAUUAAGAAAAAGUUUGUCAGACACAUUUAAUCAUUCUCAAUUUCAAAAAUAGUCUUCGCGAAAAUGCAGCAGUGCAAUCAGAAACAGAUGUUGAGGUGGGUGCUACGCUGCAGUAGUUGUAGAGCUACUUUUCAUACUUACCCAAACAAAAGAACUGAAGAAUUAUUCUACUGAAUACUUAUGGUGCAACUGGAUAUCUUUACGCUGCAUCAUUGUGAUUCAUUGCGGUUCCAAGAAGUAGAAGCCUCGUGUUCGUUGUUGGGUAUUGUUGUCUUUGUUCUUCGUUUUAUGCUCCUUCCAGAUCGUUGUAUACUAAUUAUUGACAACCAGGAAUGUAUGCUAUGACCACGGUGAAGAAAGAAAGACUACGAGCAGACAGCAAAUAGAAGUCGUUUUUCUAUGAUUUGUCCUUGCUUUUUUCUUCACGGAGGCGAAGCGGAACUGC